AUGACGGUGGGGUCAAAGCAACAGCACAACAGUGACGUCAUUUCCCUGGGGAAGCCACCUCCCUCGGACAUGCUUCAGCCUUCUUCGCUGCUGCUCUGCCUGCUGUGGGCUGAGUCGUUGGCCCAGUCUCCCAUCUACUGGAUGAUUAUGGACAGUAACGUGACAGUGGUGCCAGGAUUGUCUUUCUUCAUCCCCUGCCAAGUCUAUUUCCCUGAUUAUUGGCGGGAGCCUUUGGAAAAUAAUUCGGCGGGAGAAAAGCGCAUUUAUAGUUAUUGGUACUUCGCCAGACACAAAGUCAUCACGGACUUGCCCGUGGCUGCCAGGGAAGGGGACAAGAAGGUGUUGGAACGGACCAAGAACCGGUUCCAGAUGUUGGGGAACCCCCACAGAAAUGACUGCUCCCUGAUGAUCCGUGAACCUCGGAAAGAGGAUGAAGGCUUCUAUGUCUAUCGGAUCAUCCAAGGCCUGCGCGCCUUCACCUAUUCAUGGCAUCCUGUCUACAUCCAUGUCUCGGACACCUUUCUACCUCCGAACAUCUCCAUGCCCAAGAUUCUAUAUUCAGGUGUCCCCAGCAAUGUGACAUGCUCUGUACGCUGGGUCACCGCAUGGGAAACCGACCUGAUCAUUGCCUGGAAGGCCACUGCCUCCGCCCAGCUGGGACCCCGGUUCAACACCUCUUCGGUACUCACUGUCACCCCCAUGAGAGCGGACAAUGGCUCUAGCAUCACCUGCAUGGUGUACUUUCCUGACAUCAAGCUCCAGGUGGAGAAGACAGUCAGAGUCUUAGUGAGCUGUGAGCUGGAAGAAGGGAGCCCAGAAUCCUCCAUUUUGGACAUGUUGCUGCUGUUGCCACUGCUGUGGGCUGGGUUUUUGGCUCAGAAAACAGAACAAAAUUUGAACAUUCAAAGUCCUGUGCAAGUCCAGGAAGGCCUUUGUGUCUACGUACCUUGUAACUUCACCCUCCCCAGGGCCAUUUUGUCCACAGAUAAGCUUUCCGGUGCCUGGUACCGAGAAGGGAGUCAUAUUUUCAAAGACGACCCGGUGGCCACCAGCCACCCCGGCCAGGAGUUGGAAGGGGAUGCCUGGAAUCAUUUCCUGUUCUUGGGGAACAUCUCAGAACACAAUUGCUCCCUGGUCAUCCGAAAUGCCCGGAGACAAGAUCAUGGCAAAUAUUUCUUCAGUGUCACGAUUGGUGAGAACAAGUUUAUCUACUCACAGGAUCUGCUCAUCGUGAUUGUGACAAACAACACCAUAGAGCCCAAAGUUGACUUUCUGCCAACCAUGGAUUCCGGCAACUCCAGCAAACUCAACUGCUCUGUACCUCAGAGCUGCGGGUGGGAAACACCCCCGUUCUUCACCUGGCUGUCACCCGUCUCUGCCACCAUGGGCCCCAGGACCAGGCACUCCUCUAUUCUCUUCCUCACCCCGAUGAUGCAGGACAACAGCAGCAAUAUCACCUGUCAGGUGUACUAUUCUGUGCCCGGAGUGAUCCGGGAGAAAAUCUUCCAGCUUAACGUCAUCUACCUCACAUCCUCAGCCUUGCACUUACACGUCUUGAGUCUGACUGAGAUGCACCAGGCCCCACUCAGAGAUGGCCCAGAAGAGUGUACCGGACAGGAUUUGAAGCCUGAGGUAGUCUUAGGCUGGGUUGAGGGGCUCAUCGUGGGAGCAUUGGUCACAAUCCUGUUUGGUGUCUGUGUCUACCUUCCCUACUACAAAAUGAAGAGGCAACGACAAAAAAGAGCAGCCAUUCACCCUGCCAAAGAGGCGACAGUUCACACCCUGGUUGUCCCGAGCAAAGUGGGUCUUUUUCCUGACCAAAAGGACUCUAAAAGGGCCACGUCCAUGGUGAAGGAGCAGCAGGAGCAAUUCCAACCCUUCCUCAUCACUUCCAAGCCAAAUCCUGAGGAGGAAACCCCCUCCUUCAUCACUUCCAUGCAAAAUCCUGAGGAGAAAACCGCCUCCCUCAUCACAUUCAAGCCAAAUCUUGAGGAGGAAGCCCCCUCCCUCAUCACUUUUAAGCCAAAUCUUGAGGAGGAAGCCCCCUCCUCCAUCACUUUCACGCAAAAUUCUGAAGAGAAAAUCGCCUCCCUCAUCACUUUCAAGCCAAAUCCUGAGGAGGAAACCCCCUCCUUCAUCACUUCCACGCAAAAUCCUGCGGAGAAAACUCCCUCCUUAAUCACUUUGACUCAAAUUCCUGAGGAGAAAGCCCCCGUGGACCAAAAGAAAGAGAAUGAAUUUUAA